AUGGCGCAAAGAGCAGCACAAACGGAUGCGGCCGUGCGCGACGGCUGGGAGCGUGUGUCGGCAUGGGCAUCGUUGCUGGGUGUAGAAGAAGUAGAGGGACGCAUUGUGCUGGAUGCGCACCGCGACGAGGCCCAAGUGCGGCUCGAUGUGCAGCGCAGUUUCGGCGGCGCUGCACCGCACGUCCAGGCGGCGCAGCGCGCGAUGCUAUCGGCGCUUGUGGUAGGCACGCUGCGCACGUAUCCGCACCUGCACUACUAUCAGGGCUUUCACGAUCUCGUUGCGCUUCUAGUCGUUGCUGCCGGCGAUCCGACACAAUGGACUGACGAGCACCGCGCGACGAUGCAGGCCUGCACCGACCGGUUCGCGCUGUUCCUUGUGCGCGAUAGUAUGGCACCGACCAUGGCACCUGUCGUGGGCCAUCUCAAGAUUGUGCGCAACAUUUUGCGCGCCGUAGACUUGCCGUACGCUCUCGCGCUAGAGCGCACCUUUGCGCCAGGGCACAUGCUUGUCGCACUCCCUUGGGUCCUGACCAUGUUGGCCCACAAUGUGCGUAAUGUCGCGCAUGCGUGUAACAUCAUGGACUAUAUCCUGCGCGAGGGCGGCCCCGCGGGCAUACUAUACCUAAGUGCAGCGCUGCUGCACGAGCGCAAGCCCGCGCUGCUCGGCGCUGCUGCUGCUGAGCACGUCGCCUACAUUGAGGACAUGGACCCUGCACUCGUACAUACAACCCUUGCCACGCUUGAAUUGCUGGACGACGCGAUGCUCACGCGCUUGUGUACGAGCGCAUCGGAACUGCGCGCGCGCUUCCCAUUAGAUUGCCCCAUCGUGCGCGCCGACAGCAUCAUAACAGAGAGCAGCGUCCUUGCAACAUGGGGCCAGCGCACGCGCACUGACGCGCUGGCCCGUGCGUACGCGUGUGCAUCGCUCGCGCCCAUCCGCGACAAUGGCCCGUGGACGCCGCCUGCAGCAAGACAAGACAAUAUCCGUGUGCGUGCCCAGAUGCUACAUUCACUACGGCGUACACUGAUCAUGCCGCGCACCUACACAUUCCUUCUGCUGUCGAGCAUGUCGCUCGUGUUUGGCGGCAGUUUUCUCAGCGUGCUCCUCGCGCUGCACCUGGCGCGCGAGUGGAGGCCAUAG